GUAGGAGGAUGGCAUUUCACGGCGCAGGCCGGCAGACCGUUUGUGGAGACUUGUUUCCGGGCUCUGAGCUGGGCCACAAGUAUUUCUGUGUCAACUCCUCCUGCGGAGCCCCCUCCACGGGCCUCAGCGCCACACCGUGCCUGACCGGACCCACUGCCCCGGCCGGGACCCCUCGUCACCCGACAGCUCUCGGAGGAAGCACCGGCGGCGGAGCGGCGGUGCCUCAGCCCUACAGCAACCCGGCCAGCGAGGUGCCCAGCCCUGCGGAGAUGGAGCCGGAUCGCCCCAUCGGUUAUGGCGCAUUUGGUGUCGUGUGGUCGGUGACCGAUCCCCGUGAUGGUCGAAAGGUGGCUUUGAAGAAGAUGCCUAAUGUCUUCCAGAACCUGGUCUCCUGUAAGAGGGUCUUCAGAGAGCUGAGGAUGCUGUGCUUCUUCAAACAUGACAACGUCCUGUCAGCUCUGGAUAUUUUGCAGCCUCCACAAAUCGACUGCUUUGAGGAGAUCUACGUGAUAACAGAACUGAUGCAGAGCGACCUCCACAAAGUGAUCGUGUCUCCUCAGCCUCUCACCACCGACCACAUCAAGGUCUUCCUCUAUCAGAUCCUCCGAGGUUUGAAGUACCUCCACUCUGCUGGGAUCCUGCACAGGGACAUCAAACCUGGAAACCUGCUGGUCAACAGCAACUGUCUGCUCAAGAUUUGUGAUUUCGGGUUGGCGCGCGUGGAGGAGCCCGACCCGUCACGUCACAUGACCCAGGAGGUGGUGACUCAGUACUACAGAGCGCCCGAGGUGCUGAUGGGCUGCCGGCACUACGGCUCGGCCAUCGACGUGUGGUCAGUGGGCUGCAUCUUCGCAGAGCUGCUGGGAAGACGUAUCCUCUUCCAGGCUCAGAGUCCGAUUCAGCAGCUCGAUCUGAUCACAGACCUGCUGGGAACUCCUCCUCUGUCGGCCCUGGCAUCGGCCUGUGAAGGAGCCAGAGCCCACAUCCUGAGGGGGCCGCACAAACCGCCGUCGCUGUCGGUGCUCUACAUGCUGUCUGACGGAGCCACACACGAGGCGGUGCACCUGCUCUGUCGGAUGCUGGUCUUUGAUCCGGCUAAAAGGAUUUCCGGCAGCGACGCCCUCUCCCACCCUUACCUGGACGAAGGGCGUCUGCGUUACCACACCUGUAUGUGUCAGUGCUGCUACUCCGUUCCCAGCGGCAGAGUUUACACCCGGGACUUUGAGCCGGUAGCUGAGCGGCCAUUCAGCCACAGCUACGAGAACAGUCUGCUGUCUGUGUGGCAGGGAAAAGAGUUAAUCCAUCGCUUCAUCACGGAGCACCAGCAGGGAAAACGGGUGCCGCUGUGCAUCAACCCUCAGAGUGCUGCCUUCAAGACCUUCAUCAGGUCGACAGCGUGGCACUCCUCCAAGGUGUCCAGGAAGGAGGAGAGAUGAACGCUCCUCCUCUUCGGCCUGAGGAGCGACAGCCGUUCGAGGAAGGAUUUCACCGGCCGCGGCAUCUGAAAAUACCGAAGAGUUUGGGUCUUUUCUUUUUCUUCU